CCUACUUUGCUUCUUUCUUUCUUCCUUCUCUAGGAUUUCAUAAUUAUUAAUUAUUUUCACUUCACCAACUUGAUGCCUUUUUCUCUUCUAUAAAUUCCUCCCUUCAUUCACAUACACUCCUCUUCCUCUCUCUCCCUCCUUCCCAUCACACUUUCUACACAGAUUAUAGAUAUUUCUCUUUCGGAGUUUCCAUCAAACACCUUGUCUUCAACCUCGCCAUGUUCAUCUCCCAUAACCCCACAUAACAAAUCUCACCCCUUUCCAUUUCUCAUCACCAAAGUCUCAAACUUUUCGAAAUUGGGUUGGAGAAUUUUGACUCGGUUUUUUCCUUCUCCUGUCCAGAAACUAGAUAUUAGAAGCGGAAAUUAAAUGUCCAACAUCUUGUUGUUGAUGUUUGAGAUUCAUGUAUUCGAUUCUCAGUGAGCUUUUCUUUUCCGGGUGUAUGAUCAAUUCCACUGUUAGGCGCAGGACCCAUUUAGUUCAAUCCUUCUCAGUUGCCUUCCUCUAUUGGUUGUACUACGUUUCAUGAUUUCUAACUCUUUCUCACUAUAUCACUUAUUAUAUAUCAAAUAAAUCUAUAAUAUCCACUGCUAUAUUUCUAUUUUCAUUCUCAUCAUCGUAAAGUAAUCAUUAGUUUUCUGAGUUUGUUCGUGUCUAGUGUCUGGGUCCUGCGAAACUGAGAAGGGUUGUGUUGUGUUGUAUUGUACUGUGUUGUUGUCCUGUGUCUCAAACCAUGGCUUCCUCAAGUGGAACAUGUUCAGGUUCAUCCUCUCUGCUUCAGAACUCGGGUUCUGAGGAGGACUUGCAAGCGGUAAUGGAUCAGAGAAAGAGGAAGAGAAUGAUUUCGAACCGCGAAUCUGCACGGCGAUCUCGCAUGAGGAAGCAGAAGCACCUGGACGAUCUGGUUACCCAGGUGGCUCAGCUGAGAAAGGAGAAUCAGCAGAUACUGACCACCGUGAACAUCACCACGCAGCAGUUCUUGAGCGUUGAGGCUGAGAACUCGGUGCUGAGGGCUCAGGUGGGAGAGCUGAGUCACAGGUUAGAGUCUCUGAACGAGAUCAUCGAUGUUCUGAAUGCGGGUUUUGGCAGCACCACCUUCGUUGAACCAAGCACCAAUAGCACCACCACCUUCUUCAACCCCAUGAACAUGGGGUAUCUGAACCACCCUAUCAUGGCUUCUGCAGAUAUAUUGCAGUACUGAGAUAAGAACAGAAAAGGGUUGGUUUGGUUUGAUUUGAUUUGAUUUGAUGAUUUCUUGUUGGAGUCUGUUGAGAAAUUGUAAUCAAUCAUCUGCAAUAUGGUGAUAAGGAAUAAUGAAUGUGUAUCAUAAAAGGGGUGAAAUUGUUAGGUGCUGGUUCUCUGAAAAUGGGUCCUUUGGAGCAUGGGGCAUGGGUCAUUACUGUGUAUUAUUUCUCACCCUUCUUUCAUAUAUAUUAAAAUAAUAUUGACCUACUUCUAAA